AUGGACGAAAAACACCACAGAACUUCUGACAGCCCAGAGCGGCCAAGUACUGAAGCAGCCAAUCAACACUCAGAUACCACAGACGAUGUCAAGACAUAUCCUCCAAAGAAGGUCGUGCUACCAACUAUGGUCGCUCUUUUCCUCGUCUUUUUCCUGGUCGCACUGGACCGAACUAUCAUUGGUACAGCUAUUCCAACUAUAUCUGCCGAAUUCGACAGCUUUGGCGACAUAGCCUGGUACGAAUCUGCCUUCCUCCUUCCCCUCUGUGUCUUCCAGCUGUCCUUUGGUCUCAUCUUCAAAUACUAUUCCACCAAAUGGGUUCUCUUCAUUCUUACCGCCAUAUUCGAAAUCGGAUCUAUCGUCUGUGCUGCGGCGCCUAACUCGAAUGCUUUGAUCGUCGGACGAGCCAUCACAGGCAUUGGUGGCGCUGGUAUUGGAUCUGGUGUGUUUAUCUAUAUAACACUCUUGUUUCCUCUUGAGGACCGACCAAAGUAUCUUGGAUCUUUGGGCUCUGCCUUUGGAAUCUCUUCGAUCUUGGGUCCUAUUCUAGGAGGCUAUCUUACGUCGGUCAGCUGGCGUUGGUGCUUCUGGAUCAAUGUUCCCAUCGGUGGUCUUUCUUUGAUCUUGCUGUUCAUUCUUGCUCCCAACAGACCAUCACCUGCUAAGCCGGCCGACACAUGGCGUCAGAGGUUCUUGGAUCUUGAUCCGAUUGGCUUCUUGCUCGUUGCUGGCGCGAUCGUUUGUCUCCUGUUCGCCCUCGAGUUUGGUAAAGAGGAGCAACGAUGGUCCAGUGGCCGUGUCGUUGCUCUGUUCGUCGUCUUCGCCGUCCUAUUCCUCGCUUUCGCUGGAUAUCAAGCAUGGAGAAAAGAAAAGGCUACGAUCCCACCAAGAAUCAUCUUCAAGAGGACAGUUCUUGCUUCUUGUCUUCUCAAUUUUGCUAUCAGUUCUGUUCUGGUGUUAUACGCCUUUUACAUCCCUGUUUGGUUCCAGGUUGUCAAGGGAAAGUCGCCCGAGGGCUCUGGCAUUGCUCUACUGCCACUCCUGCUCAGCAAUGUCUUGUUUGUCAUCGUCAGUGGAAUCUUAGUUAGUGCUGUUGGGUACUUCACUCCAUUCUCUAUCGCUGGAAGUGCCAUUCUUGUCAUUGGCGCUGCUCUUAUUUCUACUUGGACUGCGGACGUUAGCCAAGGUAAAUGGAUUGGAUAUCAGAUCAUCACCGGCGCAGGCAUGGGUCUCACCCUCCAACAACCAGCCAUCGCAAUCCAAACCGUCCUCUCAGAAAGCGAUGCCGCAAUCGGUCUUUCCAUUCUCAGUUUCGUCGGCUUCCUUGGUGGAACAGUCUUCAUCACGGUAGCCCAAACCUUACUUCAAGGACAGCUGGAGAGCAAGAUCACGAAAUAUGUUCCAGACAUCGACCCCAGUCAACUUAGCAACAGUGGAGCUGCAAGCAUCAGAAAACUCGUGUCGGGGGAUAAGGUGGAUCUUGUAUUGAAGGCGUACAAUGACUCUAUGAGGCCUAUCUGGUACCUUGGCCUUGCUAUGGGCGCGGCUGCCUUCAUUGUAUCUUUUGGAUUGGAGUGGAAGAAUGUCAAGGCGGCCAAAAAUAAGUCGUCUUCUAAGGCCUAG